AUGUUGAGCAGACACUCUAAGCACUUUUUUUCGACGUUCGAAAGGAGAUUACAGACUGUUCUUACCCCUGUUUCAAGAAAAACCACGACGGGUCUUACGAAGGAAGAAUUGCAGCACAACCCCAACGCUGUUCAAGCACCCAAUAGAGCCAAACCAUGGACUGCAAGCCAGCAAUCUAGAGAUGAUGCAAUUUCACGAAAUGCCGUUAGAUUUGUUCAGAGAGAUUUGGAAGAACAACCGCAACCAUAUGCUGCUAUUGACUUAAUUGCAAAGGAACCAAUCAGAUAUCUUGAACAUGAUAAUAUUGCUGUAUGUGAUGGAAACAAGGGGUCUACUUUGCAAGGUCACCCGAAGGUUUUCAUUAACUUAGACCAGCCUAAAGCAGCUACAUGUGGUUAUUGUGGCUUAAGAUAUGCCAAAGAAGAACAUCGUGAUAUCAUUGAGAAGGGCGAAAAGCAAUUUUAG